AUGUUUCCCCUUUUUUUCCCCGUUCCCCUCUUUCCCCUUUCCCCCAUUCCCCUCUUUCCACUUUCUCCCGUGCCCUUCUCUCAGCUGUCCUCCAUGCCACCCGUUUCUAGUGCAAGGGUGCCAGCCAGCACAGGAGCCACGUCACUUCACGCUGCUGACACGUCAGCUCCUGCUGCUGACAUGUCAGCCCCUGGACGUGACACGUCAGCAAGUGCUCCUGUUGGCCCUCCCAGGCCUGUGGUUACUGCUGGCUCGGAUUCAACAAGCGCUAUGCUGUCCGAGCCUCAGGCAGGCUCGGUUGCUACUGGGCAGCGUUUAUCCGAACCUGUUAACGGGCUUUCCAAGCCUGUAGGCUUGGAAUUGGGAAGAGUGGAGGCUGGGAAAGGAGGAGGAGGAGAGGGCAAUGGGGGGAUAGGGAAGGGAGAAGGUAAGACAGGGGAAGGGGAUGAUAGGAGUAGAGGUAAGGAGGGCUUGUGGAGUGGAAUGGGUUUAGUGCGGUGUGGAGGGAGGGAAGCAGGUGCGACAAAGAAAAGAGGGAGGGUAUUACCUGCUUGGAUGCUGGUGGUAAAGGAUGGGGGGAAGGGGGGCGAGGGGGAGGAGAAGGGGGCGAAGGGGGACGAGGGGACGGGGAAGGGUGAGAAAAAGUUGGGGGAUGAAUUCAGUGAGGAGGAAGAGGAGGAGGAGGAGGAGGAGGAGGAGGUGGAGGGGGAGAGGGUGAAAGAGGAGGAGGAAGAGGGGGAGGGUGGAGAGGUGGUGGAAAGGGCUGGGAAGAAGGGAGAGGCAGAAGAAGAGAGGGAAGGAAGCAUGGGGCGUGAAAGGGAGGUGAGGGAUGGGGAGGAAGCAUGGGGCACGUGGCAGCGCUUCUCAAGUUUUGAUAGGAAGGAAAGGGAGGAAAGGGAGGUGAGGGAUGGGGAGGAGGUGUUGAUAGGAGGGGAGGAGAGAGGGAGAGGAAAAGGAAGAGGCCGCAGGAGGGGGAACGAAGAAAGGGAGGAGAAUACAGGGGUGGAAAUGUGGGCCAAGGGGGGGCGCAACGUGGGGAAGGGGAGGAGCAGGAGGGGACAUGUGAGCGCGGGCUGUGAGGAGGAGGAGGGGAAGGAAGAGGAGGAAAGGGGAGGUGAGGAUGUUUAUGGGGAGCGUUAUGAGCGUGGCCAUGACGUUGCUGACGUGGCAGCGGAUGCUGCUGCUGACGUGGAUUUCACAGAUGAUGAUCUGUUGAUGCUAGCAGCACAGGUGGCUACUUCUCUCCCCAUUCCCCUCUCCCUUUUCUCCCUGCCUCUCUUCCUCCUCCUUUCCAUUGAGGCCCCAGCUCCCUCUCACCUCCUCUCCCAUGCCCCCUCUAAUAUUCCUCCCAUUGUUCCCCUGGCAUUCAGACCACCCAAGGGGAUUCACCACUUCCUUCUCACCCAUCCGACCCAAGGGGAUUCACCCCUUCCUUCUCACCCAUCCCACUCAAGGGGAUUCACCCCUUCCUUCUCACCCAUCCGACCCAAGGGGAUUCACCCCUUCCUUCUCACCCAUCCCACCCAAGGGGAUUCACCCCUUCCUUCUCACCCAUCCCACCCAAGGGGAUUCACCCCUUCCUUCUCACCCAUCCGACCCAAGGGGAUUCACCCCUUCCUUCUCACCCAUCCCACCCAAGGGGAUUCACCCCUUUCUUCUCACCUAUCCCACUCAAGGGGAUUCAGUCCCCUUCCCUCUCCACCACCCAACCCCCAUUCCCUCUCACCCACCCAAUCCAAGGGGAUUCAGUCCCCUUCUCUCUCACCCACCCAACCCAAGAGGAUUCAGUCCCCUUCUCUCUCACCCACCCAACCCAAGGGGAUUCGGUCCCCUUCUCUCUCACCCACCCAACCCAAGGGGAUUCAGUCCCCUUCUCUCUCACCCACCCAACCCAAGGGGAUUCAGUCCCCUUCUCUCUCACCCACCCAACCCAACGGGGGACUCGGCCCUUUCCCUUGCACCCACCCACCCAAGGGGACUCAGCCCCUUUCAUUAGCACUCACCCACCCAAAGGGGACUCAGCCCCUUUCACUUGCACCCACCCACCUAAGGGGACUCAGCCCCUUUCCCUUUCACUCACCCACCCAAGUGACUCAGCCCCUUUCCCUUGCACUCACCCACCCAAGGGGACUCAGCCCCUUUCCCUUGCACCCGCCCACCCAAGGGGACUCAGCCCCUCUUACUUGCACUCACCCACCCAAGGGGACUCAUGAGGAGGAGGAGGAGGAGGAGGAGGAGGAGGAGGAGGAGGAGGAGGAGGAGGAGGAGGAGGAGGAGGAAGAGGAGGAGGAGGAGGAGGAGGAGGAGGAGGAGGAGGAGGAGGAGGAGGAGGAGGAGGAGGAGGAGGCAAAACCAGGGAGGAGGAGGAGGCAAAACCAAGGAGGAGGAGGAGGAGGAGGAGGAGGAGGAGGAGGAGGAGGAGGAGGAGGAGGAGGAGGAGGAGGAGGAGGAGGAGGAGGCAACACCAGUGAGGAGGAGGAGGCAACACCAGUGAGGAGGAGGAGGCAUCACCAGUGA